AUUUCAAGAAACCAAGAAGGGCCAGGAGAAAUGGGAAAGGCUGUGCUGAUUCCUAAAGAUGACCAGGAGAAAAUGAAAGAGCUGUUUAAAAUCAAUCAGUUUAACCUCAUGGCCAGUGAUUUGAUUGCCCUUAACAGAAGUCUGCCGGAUGUAAGAUUAGAAGGAUGCAAGACCAAAGUCUACCCUGAUGAACUUCCAAACACAAGUGUAGUCAUUGUGUUUCAUAAUGAAGCUUGGAGCACUCUCCUUAGAACUGUUUACAGUGUUAUAAAUCGUUCUCCACACUAUCUACUCUCUGAGGUCAUCUUGGUAGAUGAUGCCAGUGAAAGAGAUUUUCUCAAGUUGACAUUAGAGAAUUACGUGAAAAAUUUAGAAGUACCGGUAAAAAUUAUUAGGAUGGAAGAGCGCUCUGGGUUAAUACGUGCCCGUCUUCGAGGAGCAGCUGCUUCAAAAGGGCAGGUCAUAACUUUUCUUGAUGCACACUGUGAAUGCACAUUAGGAUGGCUGGAGCCCUUGCUGGCAAGAAUAAAGGAAGACAGGAAAACCGUUGUAUGUCCCAUCAUUGAUGUGAUUAGUGAUGAUACCUUUGAAUAUAUGGCUGGGUCAGACAUGACUUAUGGGGGAUUUAACUGGAAGCUGAAUUUCCGCUGGUAUCCUGUUCCCCAAAGAGAAAUGGAUAGGAGGAAAGGAGACAGAACAUUACCUGUCAGGACCCCUACUAUGGCUGGUGGCCUAUUUUCUAUUGACAGAAACUACUUUGAAGAGAUAGGAACUUACGAUGCAGGAAUGGAUAUCUGGGGUGGAGAAAAUCUUGAAAUGUCUUUUAGGGUAAUU